CUUUUUUUUAAUCGCCGUUUUUAAUGAAAAUUUAAACUCGGAGGUUAUUGGCUAAUAAGUUCUCAACUGGGAGACUGAUUGGCUAAGCAGGCAGGAUUCGAAAUGGUCGCCCCGCCUUCUUCCUCACAGCGAGCGCCACCGAAAGAGACAAACAAGCCGCCUUGGCCAGUUUCGACCGUUCCACCCGUCUUGCCUGUCUUUCGAAAGGGCCAAUCAAGAAAAGAGAUGUUCGGAGGCUGAUUGGCCGGCGUUGCGUUCCAAGAGCUGUGAUAGGCUUGUGCCUUUACCGGGGUCUAAGGCGCGGGAUGUUUGAGCUUCUGUCUGCUUCCGGUCGUGGAGGUGGCCAUGGUUGCGCCGUCUUCGGUUGUCGCUCCCACUUGGGAGUUCCAUUUGCCACUUUCUGCUGCCGAUUUACUUCGCAGUGAUGGGCCCUCGCAAUACGCCGUGCAAGAGGUGUUGCCUGUCAAGGAACUCCGGGGACAACUGUCAGGAUUCCAGGCUGAAUUCCGCACCCAAGGAUCUCUUGCCAUCCUGCAGCACUUUGAUACCAUUUACAGCAUUCUGCACCACUUCAGCAGUGUGGAAGCUGCUGUUAAGGAGGAUACCCUGGAACUUAUGCUGAAAGUGGUGUCCAAUCACUCCAGCACCCUGACAACCAUCUUGGACAGUGCUGACCUGGUGCCCUCGCUCCGGGCUGUUCACUGCAAUGCUCUCAAGAUGAACUGUUAUGGGCUUGUGCGGCUUGCGGAGGCGUUUGAAACAGAGCCCAGCAAGAGCAACUUGGUGGGACUGGAUCCCAAGAGGAAGAGCAAGAAGAGCCAGGGCACCAGUUUCCUGUGGGAGGAGGAAAGGCAGCACGUCCUACAGCUGCUCACGCAGUUGCUGCAGCUGGACCUCCACCGCCUGUGGACCAGCUCAAUAGUGGAGGAAGAGUUUGUUAGUCUAAUGACUGGCUGCUGUUACCACAUCCUGGAAAACCCUGGCAUUGGCCACCAGAAGCAUCGGCCCACCCGAGAGGCAGCAAUUCAUCUGCUAGGGGUGGCCCUCCGACGGUAUGAUCAUAUGCUCAGUGCCACUCUAAAGGUGACCCAGAUGCUUCAGCACUUUGAGCAUGUGGCGCCAGUGUUUGUGGAGGCGGUGAGCCUGUGGAUCAAGGAAUAUGGCAUGAGGAGCAUUGUGGGGGAGCUGCUGAGGGAGAUUGGGCAGAAGUGCCCUCAGGAGCUGGCCCGGGACACUUCGGCGACAAAGGGCUAUGCCUCCUUCCUCACAGAGCUGGCAGAGCAAGUGCCAGCCGUCGUGCUUGCCAACAUGAGUGUCUUGUUGCAUCACCUGGACGGAGAGAGUUACGGGAUACGCAACGCCAUCUUGGCCGCUAUGGCGGAAAUGCUGCUGCAGGUGCUGAACGGGGAGCAGCUGGAAGACGCCGCCCGCAGCACCCGAGAUCAGUUCCUGGACACCCUGCAGGCACACACAUGUGACGUCCACGGGCUUGUGCGCAGUCGCAUGCUGCAGCUCUUCACCCGAAUUGUGCAGCAAAAAGCCCUGCCCCUGACUCGAUUCCAGCAGUCAGUCGUGUGCCUCGCUGUGAGCCGGCUACAGGACAAGUCCGUCACUGUGGUUAAGAAUGCCAUUCAGCUGCUGGCUGCCUUCCUUUCCAACAACCCUUUCUCUUGCAAGCUGAGUUGCACAGACUUAACUGAGCUGCUUCAGAAGGAAAGGAAGAAACUCCAGGAAAUGAGGGACAAGUUCAGAAUCACAGCUGCUGUGACGAUCCCUCCAGAGGAAGAAUGGGAAGCCAUGCAGCCAGAACUGCAGGCAACCGUGAAGAACUGUCUUGGCUCCCAGCUGCAAGGAGAGGAGGCGGGCGACCUUGAGGUGGGAGACCCAGCACAGGUGUCUGACAGGAUCAUCCAGCUGUUGAGAAAAUCCAGUUACAAGGAUGCUGUGUUACUGGUGCAAGGAGCCAUUCACUGUUUUCAAGAGACGGAGCCAUUUGUCAACUGCACAAGAACAGAGGAGGAGGACGAAGAAGACUUUCUCCUGCGCCUGUUGAGAACCCUCUAUACGGGUCCCCAGCCAAGAGGAGAUGCCCAAGAACCCAUAGUCGGGGCAGAGAACACAGAGGGCGAAGAGCAUGGGGCGGAGGGGCAACCCUCAAGUGAACUGGCAAAACAAGAGAUGCUGGUGCAAUACCUACAAGAUGCCUACAACUUUUCAGCAAAAAUCACAGAUGCUAUGAGCCUAAUCUCCCGCAUGAUGUAUGAAAGCUCCAUCUCUGUGGUGCAAGAAGCCAUUGAGUUCUUUGUCAUAGUCUCCCAGUUUGGCAUCCCUCAAGCUGUCCUGGGAGUCCGUCGAAUGCUUCCCCUCAUAUGGUCAAAGGAGCCAGGAAUUAGGGAAGCUGUGCUGAAUGCCUACCGGAGGCUGUACCUGAAGCCUAGUGGGGGCUCAGAAAGGGCUCGAGCUCACAGCCUGCUACAAUCUCUGUCCCUCCUCAUGGUGGAUGCAUCACUAGCUACCAUCCAAUGCCUUGGAGAAAUCAUCUCCGAAUUUGUGCAGAAAGAUGAAAUAAAACCCGCUGUGGUCCAGCUGCUGUGGGAACAGUUUACAGAAAAAUCCGAGUGCUCGGCCUUGGAACGCCAUGCAGCUAUCAUGCUCCUGGGGAUGAUGGCACGGGGGAAGCCUGAGAUUGUUGGGAGCAAUUUGGACAUCUUGGUAACAGUGGGGCUGGAUGACAGAGUGCACGAAAACUACCGCCUCGCCCAGGAAGUGUGUAACGCCAUCUCCAAAAUCACCAGUGGUCAGAAGCCUGCCCUGGGGAAAAGCGGGACUCCCAUCCGGCUCCCACAGUCGCACCUCCUCUUUGAGCGCCUGAGCAAGGCUGUAAUCAUGGGCUUUGUGGGAUCCAGCCCACACUGGAUCCCUUUCACAGAAACGGCCAUCACACUCAUCUACCAGUUGGCAGAAGAGCCCGAGGAAGUAUGCACACGGAUAUUGCAGCAUUGCAGCCAGCAAACCCUGGAGAAGCUGGGCGAAGUUGAAGGAACGGAGGCGGAGCCAGGAUCUUCUCCCACCGGAGGCGCAGGUGACUCCAGCCACGUCGAUGCUCUGCUGCUGACCCACUUGGUCUCCCUCGCGGGGGAUGUGGCCCUGCAGCAGCUUGUGCAUCUGGAAUUGGCAGUGAGCGCAGAGCUGCGCAGGCGCCGGAUCCUUGGGGAAGAGCAGGAGAUGAAGGAACGUACUGGCAGCAAUGUGAAGGACGUGAGGAUCAAGAGCACUGGGAACGAAACCACCAUGGAAAUGGAGCUCGGCUUGGUCGGGGCCUCUGCUGAAGACACGGAAGCGGAGCUCAUCCGCAGCAUUUGCGAGACGGAGCUGUUGGAAGGCAAGCAGCUGCUCUCCACCUUCGUUCCCCUGGUGCUCAAAAUAUGCAACAACCCAGGCCACUACAGUGAUCCGGCACUCUCAGCCGCUGCCGCGUUGGCCCUUGGAAAGUUCUGCAUGGUCAGUGCAGAAUUCUGCGAUGCUCACUUGCGGCUCUUGUUCACCAUGAUGGAAAAAUCCGCCCUCCCCAGCGUGCGAGCCAACCUCAUGAUUGUUGCUGGAGACUUGGCCAUUCGUUUCCCAAACCAGGUGGAGCCUUGGACUCCUCACCUGUAUGCCAGGCUGCGGGACCCUUGCCAUCAGGUGAGGCGGACAGCUGCCUUGGUGAUGACUCACCUGAUCCUGAAAGACAUGGUGAAGGUAAAGGGCCAAGUGAGUGAAAUGGCCGCUCUUCUCAUCGAUCCCGAGGAGGAGAUUGUGGCAUUGGCUCGGAACUUCUUCGCCGAGCUCUCUGGCAAGGACAAUGCUGUGUACAACUUGCUUCCGGACAUCAUCAGUCGUCUCUCAGAUCCCGACUCAGGCAUCGAGGAGCAGCCGUUCCGCACCAUCAUGAGGCAGCUCUUCUCCUAUGUCACAAAAGACAGGCAGACUGAGAGCUUGGUGGAAAAGCUUUGCCAGCGGUUCCGGACUGCCCGAACAGAACGUCAGCACCGUGACCUGGGUUUCUGCCUUACCUUGCUCCCACUCACAGACAGAGGGCUCCGUAAGAUGCAAGACAACUUCGAGUGCUUUGGUGACAAGCUCCAGGACGCGGCCGUCUACAGCUGCUUUCAGACUGCCCUGGGCCGCCUCCGGCGGUUGAGCACAAAACCUGAGAUGAAGACUCUUGUUGAAGAAUUUGAGCAGAAGCUGCAGAAAUGUCACAACAGGGGUCUGGAUUCUAUCGCUGAAUCUCCCACGGAGUCCAGAUGCCCAGGAAGCAACAGUAGGCCUGCGCCCCAGACAGCAAAGAGAACAGCCACAAGCUCCCGUCGCCAGCGAAAGCCAGACUCUUCCUUCAUCACCCCCCAGCCCCGCGUUUCCAGAGCCCACCGGAAGAUUUCCAAGCAGGUUUACGUUGUCUUCUCUAGUGAUGAGGGAAACAGCCCGGAAGAAGCUGAACUGUCAGAGGAUGAAACGCCGAGCAAAACGACUCCCAUUUCCCGCGCGUCAUCCCGCCGUGUCCAGUGAUGGCACACCCUUCCCCUUUUGCACACUUGGUUCUUUAGUAACAGGGAAUAAAGUUUUUUGGAUUUUCAAAA